UGUGCCGACCUAAUCAAGGGCAGAGAAGAGUUAGACUAGUCAGAGAGAGGAGUACAGAGCUAAGAUGAACUUCUUUCCAUAUUUCUCCAUUGAGACCUGGGGUCUUCUGAUCAUCCUCCUCGCUCUCCUGAUACUAUAUGGGAUCUGGCCAUAUGGUACAUUUAAGAAACUGGGUAUUCCUGGGCCAACACCCCUGCCUUUCUUUGGGACCACCUUGGCGUAUCGCAACGGUAUGGUGGACUUUGACAAAAACUGCUUUCAGAAAUAUGGGAAAAUCUGGGGGCUUUACGAUGGCAGACAGCCUGUGCUGGCCAUCCUGGAUUCUACACUCAUUAAAACUGUGCUGGUGAAAGAGUGCUACACCACCUUUACCAACCGACGGGGAUUUGGUCCAACAGGAGUGCUGAAGUCGGCUGUCUCCAUCGCUGAGGAUGAGCAGUGGAAGAGGAUUCGCACUGUACUCUCUCCAACCUUCACCAGUGGGAAGCUAAAGGAGAUGUUUCCCAUCAUGAUGCAUUAUGGGAAGGUUUUGGUGAGAAAUGUUCAGAAGCAAGUGGAAAAGGAUGAACCCAUAGCUGUUAAAGAUGUGUUUGGUGCCUACAGCAUGGAUGUUAUCACUAGCACUUCGUUUGGUGUGAAUAUUGACUCCAUGAACAACCCCCAAGACCCAUUUGUGAAGGAGGCUAAGAAACUAGUGAAGUUUGACGUCUUUUCCCCGCUCUUUGUUUUGAUAUCUAUAUUUCCAUUCCUUACUCCUCUUCUUGAUAUGCUGAAUGUGAACAUUUUCCCAAAUGAUGCCCUGGAAUUCUUCACACGGUCAGUCAUCAAAAUAAAGGAAAAGCGCAAGGAAGACACCCCCACGAACCGAGUGGAUUUCCUACAGCUGAUGAUUGACUCCCAGAAUUUAAACACCAGUCACGAGAGCAAUGGGUUGAAUCACCCAAAUAAAGUCCUGACUGAUACUGAGAUUCUGGCACAAGCAAUUAUCUUUAUUUUUGCUGGCUAUGAGACCACCAGCUCCAUUCUUGGCUACAUAGUUUACAGUCUAGCUACUCACCCCGAUGUACAGCAGAAGAUGCAGGAGGAGAUUGACUCUGUUCUUCCCAACCAGGCGCCUCUCACUUAUGAUGCCCUGAUGCAGCUGGAGUAUGUCGACAUGACAGUGAGUGAAACCCUCAGGCUCUUUCCUCUCGGAGGGCGAAUUGAAAGGGUCUGCAAGAAAGACGUAGAGAUAAAUGGAGUGAGCAUUCCCAAAGGCACUGUGGUUAUGAUCCCACCCCACCUUCUGCAUCGUAUCCCAGAAUACUGGCCAGAACCAGAGGAGUUCAGACCGGAAAGGUUCAGUAAAGAGAACAAAGAGAUGAUGGAUCCUUAUAUAUACCUGCCCUUUGGAGCUGGACCCAGAAACUGCAUUGGAAUGAGGUUUGCUGUCCUCUCCAUGAAAGUUGCUAUUGCCAGUCUGCUGCAGAAUUUCACCUUCAGACCCUGCAAAGAAACUCCGAUACCUCUCAAACUGAGUUCAAGAGGAUUCAUAACUCCAGUGGAACCUAUCAUUCUGAAGUUGGUCCCCAGAACCACAGUAUCGAAGGAGUAAAAUCCAGUGGAGUUUUAUAGCAGCUUUUCAGAGGCCAAUAGCUGCUAUACCAACAGAUGUUCUACACGUUAUUCUGGGAAGCUAAUGUAGACACAGAAGAGUUUAAUUCAGAAAUGCUAACUAUUUACGCUAAACUAUCUGUUCAAUCUCGUAUUUAGCUGUGACACACUUGAGUACCUUUCCCAGGCCUGGAGAGGAGCUCUGUGUAGCUGGAAAGCUUGUCUCUCUCGCCACAAAAUUUGGUCCAAUAAAAGAUAUUACCUCA